AUGUUAAUACUAGUUGUUUCCCUAUACGAUUUGGUUUCUUGUGACGAUUUUCCUUCGUUACUUUCGACGAACGCAUCGAUUGCUAUCAUUCUUGAUAGAGAGUAUCUCGGUGACAUGUACGACCAAAUGCUAGAAGAAACAAAGGUGAUCGUCGAAAAGAUGAUUCGAGAAAACCUGAAAAAUGGUGGACUGGUUGUGAAGUACUAUUCAUGGACGAGCAUUAACCUCAAGAGAGACUUCUCAGCAGUGAUUUCGGUAUCAAGUUGCGACAACACGUGGGCCAUAUACCAAGAAGCUUCCAGAGAACGGUUGGUGAUGCUAAGCAUCACCGACCCAGACUGUCCGAGACUGCCGUCCAGCACCGCAAUAAUGAUUCCGCGAACUGAUGGCUUGGGUAGCGUUUUCGAGGAAGUUUCGCAGAUCAUACUGGAUAUGAAGAGCUCCCGGGCGAUCGACUGGCGCACAGUUACGCUGCUGUAUGACGAAAGCUUCGAUUCCCAGAUAAGCCGUUGUAUACUGUCGUUGCUGGAAGACCGUGAGGGCAUGCGUGCAUUGUCGUUAACGGAGUUCAAGAUCCACACCCCAAUGCAUAGCUGGGAAAAACGAAAGGAAAUUCGCCGAAUGCUACUGAACAUACCAACAGCAUAUACCGGGAAGAACUUCAUAUCGAUUGUGAAUUCGGCUACAUUGGCCUUAUUGAUGGAAAUUGCGAAGGAUUUGAAGCUGGUAAAUCCUUCAUCUCAGUGGCUAUACUUUUUGCCUAUAUCGAGCAGCGAAAACUUCACUUCGACCACCACUAUAAUCAAUGAAGGUGACAACGUGGCCUUCAUUUACAAUACGCAGAGCAAAAGUCAGAACUGUACCGUGAACAUGUUGUGCUACAUGGAAAAGUUUUUAUUACACUUCGUCCAAAGUUUGUCGAAGCUGAUCCGUGAGGAGCAGGUGGUUUUUGGGCAGAUAUCCGACGAAGAAUGGGAAAUAAUUCGCCCAAGCAAAGCGGAGCGGAAAAGCAAGUUUCUCCAGAUGAUCAGAACGGCGAUAUCUGGGAAGGACGAAUGCAACAGAUGCUCGAGGUGGAAAGUUCAAACGGCGGAAACUUGGGGUUAUGUCUAUAGAACAGACUAUGCCAUGGAGAGCGAUGAUUCGAAGGAGCGCAAAAAGUUUUCUCUACUAGACAUUGGCUACUGGUCGCCGCAGGAUGGGUUUAUGCUGUCAGACGCACUCUUUCCUCACACUCGGUACGGAUUCCGUGGCAGCCAGCUGGUGUUUUACAGCUAUCACAACCCACCCUGGCAGUUCGUCUCCUACAACGAGUCCGGAUACGCAACAGUCACCAGCGGUGUGAUUUACGAUGUACUCACAGAGCUUUCCCGUAAGCUGAACUUUACUUACACGCUUGUCAUCACGCAAGGAGUGAUCGAUCAAAACACAACUGUUCUUGACGGUAAUACGACGUACGAAACUAAAGGCCUAACAUCGGACAUACCGCAAGACAUUUUCAACACACUCGUCGCUAAUAAGAUCCUGCUGGCGGCCAUCGGAACGACGGUUAACGAGCGGCAGAAGAAAGUGGUCGGCUUUACAGAUCCCGUCAGCAUUCAAACGUACAGCUUCGUCAUCUCUAGACCACGCGAAUUGAGCCGAGUGCUGCUGUUUUUGUCUCCUUUCGGCUCUGACACAUGGAUGUGCCUCGCUACAGCUGUACUGCUGAUGGGUCCAGUGUUGUGCCUCAUCAACAAUUUAAGCCCAUAUUAUGAAACCCACAACAAACCAUCAAACACAGGGCUGGGCAAAAUGAACAAUUGCUUCUGGUACAUAUACGGUGCACUGCUGCAGCAAGGUGGGCUUUACCUUCCGUACGCUGACAGUGGACGUAUCAUUAUUGGAACCUGGUGGCUUGUGGUGUUGGUGCUCGUCACCACUUACUGUGGUAAUCUGGUGGCUUUCUUAACGUUUCCGAAGAUAGACAUCCCCGUUAAUAGGGUGAUGCAGCUGCUACGAAACGAUCGUGGUAUGACCUGGAGCAUCCGCAAAGGCACAUUUCUUGAGGAGAUUCUAAUGGAAUCGAACGACCCGAAGUACAUUGAGCUGUACCGUGGUGCCCAGGUGAUUACGGAGGUGACGGACGAGCUGGUGGACCGCAUCGAAGGAGGCCGGCACGUCCACAUCGAUUGGCGCAACAAUCUCAAGUACCUGAUGAAGAACCAGUUUCUGCAAACGGAUCGGUGUGACUUUGCGCUCAGCACCGACGAGUUUCUGGACGAACAGAUUGCGCUGGUCAUGCCGCGGGACAGCCCGUACCUGGAGCUGGUGAACAACGAGAUCCGGCGGAUGCACCAGUUCGGUUUCAUCCAGCGCUGGAUCUCCCAGUACUUACCGUCGAAGGACAAGUGCAGCGGCUCGAGCAAAACCAUGGAUGUGCAGAACCACACCGUCAACAGUUCGGAUAUGGCCGGAUCGUACUGGAUCCUUUUGCUCGGCUUCUCGGCCGGGUUGUUCAUCUUCGUCAGCGAGUUCAUCAUCAGCCGGUACCGCACCGGCACCGGCAAGCACCGGCUGUCCAAGGCAGCGGCCCCCACGACGUACAGCGAAUGA